UAAAAACGUUGCUAUCUGUAAACCAUCAUGGUCUUGUGACCAGCACAAUGGCGGAUAUUGCAGCUCUUCAGGAAUUACAGCAUGAAAUCGGGAAAAUAAGAAACCUUCCAUCGCCACCUGACGAACGCAAUCAGAUGGAAUCAUAUAUCAAGCAACAAAAGCAGGAAAGUAAACGUUUUUCAACAAAAAAUAUCUUAUCUUUUGUUUUUAAAUAUAACAAUGAUCGCCAUGAUAAUGCAUUGGUAUAUUAUACAUGGAGAAAGCGUCCUUAUGGAUUCUGAAAUGCUCUUGAAUUCUCGGUUGACAUCGGGCAUUUUGUGAAUGAAAAUAACACUAUUCGAUUCAGAAUCUGAACCGCUGUUUUGUUAAAUGUACUUACUUGUGUUUUUGUUUGGUGUUGAUUUUUGUUUUGUUCCUUGCGAUUGUAAUGGAUUUCCAUUUACAUUAAACAAAAAUAGCGUAUGUCAAAUCUGUAUUUUGUUUAAAUUUAAUUCAUAUCAAGAACUUAACGUCAAUGGAUUAUUAUUUGACAAUAAUAAUUUAAUGUCAAACAGUUUUGUUGUUAUCAGUAUUGAACUUACACAUUGUGAAUUACUUCAUUUACAAAUAUAGCGUUGUUGAUAUUGUUGCCGUUGUUAUUGAUUUGAUAUACUUCUUUCACUUAUGGAACUUAGAAACUGUUUUAGAUCUUAAAUGAAGCAGCAAAUGUCCUUGUUAACGUACAUCAGUACGCAGAAUCAAUCUCCCAAAAGAUGAACGAACUCAAGAGUACCAUAAAUAUACCGACUCAGAUGAUUCAGAAAGCAAUUGCAGAUACCAUUGAAGCGAUUAAAUUACAACACCCUUCAUUUAAAAUUCCUGAUGAUCUCAGAAAAUCAGUAAAAACAGGGCUCAAUAGAGCUACUGGGCAGGCGCAGUUGCAAACAGGUCCUGCUUUUCCGGUGAACGCUAUAAACGCGCCAAAACGCAAUGUUGAACAAUCAGAACGCGAUCAGAACGAGGAGAAACUGAAAAAAGUUCGUGCUUUGCAAGAAGUUGCUCGAAGCAUGGACAAUGAUCGUCAACGUCUAAACGAAUUUAUAGCUCAGACCGAAGUUACAAUGGGCACAAUAAAGAACGUCGGAAUUCUUACAAAAAACGACAUUGACGACUUAAAAGGGUGUCUCGAUAGUUGGAAAAAUGCGAAGGAAAGGGGUUAUUAUGAAGAGGAAGAACACAAGCGACAGGAAGAGGAGAGAAGAAGAAGGGAAGAAGAAGAAAGAAAAAAACGUGCAGAAGAAGAACGGCGAAGAAAAGAGGAAGAGCAGCAACGAAAAGAAAAAGAGGCAAAAAAGAAACGCGAAGAAGAAGAACGAAGACGAAAAGAAGAAGAGGUAAAAAAGAAACGUGAAGAAGAAGAACAAAGACGCAUUGCUGAAGAGGAAAGAAAGAAACGUGAAGCAGAAAUACGAAUACGAAAAGAAGAAGAGGAAAGAAUGAAGCGUGAAGAAGAAGAACGAAGACGUAAAGAAGAAGAAAGACUCAAACAACUAGAGGAACAGAAGCGCUUGGACGAGGAAGCCAGAAAGAAAGACGAGGAAGAACGAUUGCGCCUAGAAGAAGAAAGAAAAAGACAAGAAGUAGAGCUGGAACGGAAACGGAAAGCUGAGGAAGAACGUCUUCUUUUAGAGGAACAGAGAAAAAAGAAACUUGAAGAGGACAGACAACGUAGACUAAGGGAAGAGGAGGAACGAGAAAGGAGAAGAAAAGAGGAGGACGACAGAGCAAGGCGUUUAGACCCAAACAACUGGAAACCAUUUAUAUACGAGCGUUCGUGUGGUGAAGUUUCCGGAAAAAGACCGUUUCACGAUGGUCUAUGUUGUAUGAUAGCGUCCCCUUCAGACAGUAUUGCACAAGAUAGUAUACAAUGUACAGCGUCAGACGAGCUCGAUGACAUAAUAGAAAUACUUGAGGAAGAUGAAAGGCCUGCAAGUUCAAUAAUAAACGUUCACACUACUUCGCAUUCAAUAUCGACUGAGUGUCCUUCGAGAGUUUAUUUGCCACAUUAUCCAAUCUCUAGCACAUCAGAGGAACUCGUCAUUAAAUAUACCAUUAAUGGAUCUGAUUGGUACACAUCUGAAUUUGUGAGACCAACACAACAGAUAGAGAAUAAUGAGGAUUAUGACUCCACAAAUCUUAUUGGAGUUGAAGCAAACAACUUUGAUACAAUGAAGUUAUUUGUUGUAUCAAGACAAAAGAGUCAGAAGGUGAUAAUUGAUAAAGCUGGUCUUACCGUCGCUUCCACGUCUGACAAAAAUGUGAGACUCUAUACACCGAGAGAUGCAUUUCCAAUAAGAACGAACGUUCGACUAUCGGUGGUAAAUAAAUCAAUGGAUCCUGAUGACAGUAUAGUAGGUUCUGACCUACUUUCGGAGGUUAUUUCUGUGGGACCAAUGAUAACUAUUAUCUGUGACAAGGCCCCGGUAAAAGACCUUGAAGUUGAUAUUGCCAGGCCAGCAACUGGAAGUGGGGUCCGACAACGAAGCACUCGUCACCAUCUUAUCAUGUCACGUGGAAGAGUGUGGGCUCCUGCUGAACGCGAAUACAAGGACGCCAGCAACAUGGUCGUUUCAGUUAAACUACCAGCAAACAGAGAAAGAUAUACAAUUGUCGAGAUUGAACUCCCAUCUACGUGUCCGAAGGAAAACGCACUUAAGUUAGCUCAAUCCUAUCACACCCAAAUUAUCAGCACACCUGUUCACGUUCUUCUGAAGCAGCAUGAAGCGAAUCCACAAAAUGCGAAGAUAGAAGUCGUUCAGCCACAGGAAUUGAAGCGAAAACUUGAUCGACUGAGCGAUGAUGGGUUUACUCUUGGACCUGAUCCAAGUAGGCUCCUGCAUUUAAAAGAAGGACAACGUGUGUAUUUAUCCAGUCGAGGAAAUAUUGAGCUUUCAAAUGCCGACAAUACGGCGAUACGGUAUACUUUCUAUAAGUAUAUGAAUGAAAUCAACGACGAAGUCAAACUUCGUGUAAAAGACAUUUACCUGCAACGAGAGCUUCCAGAGUACAAAGGACUCCUUCAGUUGACUAUCGACAACGGCAAUGUAUUUCCAAAUGAGACUAUCGACUUCACAAUUAAUCUACCAAAGAUUGAGACACCAAGAGGUCCGAGGGAGGUUCACAAAAUUCGAUUUCCUUAUUACUUGACAUGCCUUUCUGGGUAUCUGUCGAAAUGUAUCUGCGAGAAACAACCUGAAAACUGGCAGGACAUUGUUAGUUGUUUCAUCGAUAAAACACAGCUGAAGUCCUUGAUCCGCGUUGCGAGGAGACGGGUACCGGAAGUGGAUCAGAUAAUAUUGUGCAAAAAUGUACUCCAUGACUGGAUAAAACAAACAACGAAACAAGAGGACAAGGUUCAAAUUAUUCUAGAAGAGUUGCACUACCAUCAUCAUACUGGCAUUUAUGAAAAUUGCAAGAACUACGUUCGGUACCAAAGAGAGACUAUGACAGACAACGCACUUGCUGAUAUUGCAUCCUAUGUUACGAUGUCUCCCGACCAGCUUUCGUCUGUUCUUAACAUUGAAACGGGGGUGUUGCAGAAGAUACAAUCUGAAUACGAGAGCAGCGAUCAAAUCGUACAGAUACUAAUGGAGUGGAGGGAAUCGGACGAUGCGAUUAAUCUUGGGAACGAUGCUUUGGAAAAGCUCCAAACACUUUGUUUGAAAUAAAUUGUGGCUUUGGUUAAUACGUUAUUUAGGCGUGC